GUUUCUUCACACUUUUGCAUUGAAAACGUGUCUUUUAUCAAUCGUUUUUCGUCUAAAAUUCAGUUCGUUUUCAUGCUUCGAUGUUAGAAAGUGAAGAAGAACCAUGUUUAAUGUUAAUCGUUUUCGAAACAAGGUUUUUCAGUAUGUUUCAGCUUUUACAGCAUGCUUAAGCAUUCUAUCAUCAGAAAUGCACUUCGGUUGGCCCUCCACAGCGUUGCCAAUCCUCACAGAUAACGACACGCACAUUUUCCAGAUUUCCCACAACGAAGCAUCCUGGUUGGCCGUGGCCAUUUUUCCGGGAAUAGUUGUGGGAGCUGUCGUUGCCAAAUGUUUCGCAAAAUCCUGUGGACCCAGGAAAUUAAUUCUGUCCACGGCGUUGCCGAUGUUGGUCAGUUGGCUUCUUAUUGGCUUUAGCGGUGAUAAAAUAAGUUAUUUUGUUGGGCGUUUUUUAGGUGGUAUAGGUAGUGGAAUAAGCUUUUCCACAGUACCAAUGUACAUAGGAGAAAUCUCAGAACCCCAAAUCAGAGGAUUUUUGUCGUCGCUGUGUCCAGUUUUCGUGGUUUUUGGAAUGCUGUUCAUCAACGUCUUGUGCAGACUUUUCUCUAUAAGCAUUUCCGCUCUCAUCGCUUCAAGCAUACCCCUAAUCAACUUUGUAACGUUUUUUUGGAUGCCAGAAAGCCCAAUUUGGCUUCUCUCCAAAGAAGAAUCGAAAAAAGCCAAAGAAAACCUCAUAGUGUUGCGUGGUCAAGACAAUGGACUUAAAGAAUUUGAAAGACUAUCGGCACUGAAUUUACAAUCUACAGAAGAGAAAACGGAGUUUUUACAGUUUUUCAAAGCCAAAGAAAACAAAAAAGCACUUUUAAUCGCAUUGGGACUACGUAGUGUUCAACAACUGUGUGGAUCAACAGCUUUAACAUUUUACUGUCAAACAAUAUUUCGAGAAAACGAUAAAAUACUAUCUCCCGGCUCAGCUACAAUUAUAUUUUUUUGUUUACAAGCGGUGUUUUCUGUAUUUUCAUCGUUUAUAGUUGAUAUUUUUGGUAGAAGGCCCUUGUUUUUAGUAUCCUUAUCAUGCACAACUUUAACUUUGUUAGUUUUAGCUCUUUACACGUUCAUCAAAUCUUACACAAGCAUUGAUCUAGAAAAUAUAAGCAUUCUAGCACCAGUAACAUUACUAAUAAACGUAAUUUUCCUUAGUUUAGGUGUAAGGAACAUUCCCUUGUUAGUUAUGUCCGAAAUUUUCAACCCCAAGUUCAAACCUCUAGCUCUAAGCAUAGCUACGAUAUACUAUGCAUUUCUUGCUAUAAUUAUAACACAGUUUUUCAGAAUCACUAAGGAUGCCAUAGAUUUAUCGUUUCCUCUGUUUUGUUUUACCGGUUUUAGUUUGGUUAGUUUGGUGUUGUAUUACUUUUUUGUGCCGGAAACCAACAACAAGACUUUGGAAGAUAUACAGAAAACUUUACAGACUUGAUAUUCGGUGAUUUUUGGUAUAGAAAAAAAAAUGAUUUGAUAUUUGCAGCAAAUUUUAAAAAGAUUUAAUAAUACUGCUUUGCUUCAGAAUGUAAAAUAUAAUAAAAAAAAAAACAGGUCAGCGAUGGCAAUGAAAUAAAGAUCGCAUUGAUCGUCAUUUCCAAGCAAGCUGAACGCCGUUUUUUUUUCGAUCAUACGGUAUUUGUAUUAAUAUAAGUUAGA